AUGAGUGGAAAUUGUUAUUUUUGUCAAUUGUGUAUUAACGCUCCGGCAUAUUGUUCAUUUGAUUCCUUAUAUACACACAUAAACUUAGGUCAUGGUAAUGAUCCAUCAUUCAAAUUCAGAUGUGAACUAACUCCUCUCUGUGGUUCUAUCUACAGAACACUUCCAAGCUAUAAAUCUCAUAUUUAUAAAAAUCACCGAGAACUCAUUGUAAAAUCACUUGAUACAGUAGAUACAUUCUCUACAUCUAAUGAUGAUUCAAAUAACAAUUUUGCAUUAUCUUAUGCUGAUGAUUAUGAAUUCGAUCAUGAAAGAACUAACAAUGACAAUAACGAGAAUUUACAAUCAACGAAUGAAUAUGAUGAAGAAAUGGAAGUUGAUUAUCCACUGUUUACGAAAGCGAUUUUAGAACAUGACGACGCUCCAUUUGAUAUGAGAAAAUUUCAGAAAUAUUAUACAGGUUUUCUCUUGGAAUUACGUGAACAGCACUUGCUUUCUCAGAACAUCAUCAGAUCAGUUACAUCUAAUUUUUCAAUUCUAUUCAAUAUUGUGCUUAAAAUUAUAAAAAGCACAGGAAGUGGUGCGAAUUCAGCAACAACAGCCGCCGUACCAAUAAUCAAAGUAGAAGGAAUUAUUAACCAAAUAAUUCGUACAAUAGAAGGUGCAGCAAAAAAUGAAUAUCAAUUCAUUAAGAGUUGUAAAGAAUUUUUUCAAUAUGAAGAGCCACAUAAGAUAGAGUUGAAUGAAUCAGGUGAUUGUGGCUAUAUUAUUCCGAUAAAGAAAUCCAUCCAAAAUUUUCUGAAUAAACCAGAUGUUAUUGAUCUAUUGGUUAAAAAUAUAAAUGAAACAAUACUAACAACAAAAAAAGAUAAAGAUUUGCUAUUAACAUAUCGUGAUGGUACUGCUGCCGCUACCAAUAAAUCACUUGAGAAAAAUAUAAAUUCAUUUUUAUUACAGUUGUAUAGUGAUGACGUUAGCGUUACCAAUCCUAUUGGGCCAAAAAAAGAUGAAAAGAAAUUAUCAUUAUUUUAUUACAUCCUUGAUGAUUUACCUCCAAUUAUUCGAUCAUUGUUAAAUUCUAUUAGUUUAUUUGGUAUUUGUUUAUCAAAAUUAUUAACUAAUCCAUCACAUCGUCGAAUAUAUUUUGAAGCAAUGAUUAAUGAUUUAAACAAAUUGCAAACACAAGGUUUAACAUUAUCCACAGGUACUGGACGUUUACAUUUUGCAUUUAAUUUAUUGGCUGCAGAUAACUUGGCUGCAAAUGAUCUUGGAGGUUUUCAAAAAAACUUUAACAAUGGUUAUUUCUGCCGCAUGUGUAAUAUUUCUUACACUUACAAGUCCAUUCCAUUAACAGAUAUUUCUUUUUUGUUACGAUCUGAAAAAUCAUAUGAAAAUUAUUUAAAUCAAGUGUUACAAUCAAAAAAUUCAAUUUUUGGUAUUACUCGUCAUAGUGAUUUUUCAAAUUUAAUUGCAUUUCAUCCGAUAAGAUCAUUACCUUUCGACAUCAUGCACGAUUUUUCAGAAGGUAAAUUACAUGAAUCUACUGAUGCUUAA